AUGGCCCGCGCCCGCGCCGCCGUCGUGCUCGCCAUCGCAGUCUGCUGCCUCCUCGUGGCCACCGCGCCAGCGCGCCGCCCCGUGGACCUUCCGGCAGCACAGGCGGCCGACGCCGUCGUCCUCGUCGACCGCGAGGCGGCCACCGAGCCCCUGCCCAGGCCGGUGAGGGCUGCCGCGGACUGUGCCGAUGAGCAGGGCACCACCGCGCUUGCUGUGCCCGAGGAGGAGGGCGACGCCGCCCGCGUGGAGGCGACCAGUGGUGGCGCGUCAGCGUUAGAGGUCCGGCCCAGCUCCGAGGAGACGACGACCAUGGAGGGGUGA